AUGUAUUGCCGUAUUACGUAUCGAACUCCAUCGGCAUUAAUACAGCAGCUAGAUGCACAUUCACAAGCAACUCCAAACAAGAGAAUUCCUGAAUAUGUUCGUAAUGUUACAGUAACAAUGAGAUUAAAGUUAAUUACAACAUCAAUGGCUAAAAUAAAUUGCAUUUGGCAUUUUAAAUUUUUGCUUUUACAAUUAGCAACAUUUAUUGAAUAUAUUCUAAAUGAAUCGAAUCCAAAUGCAUUAUUCCAUGCAUUAGGAGAUUCUUUUUCAAAAGUUUACGAUCUACCGUAUUUUGUAUUUGACCAUGGUAUUGGUGUUGGUUCAUAUGAAUUAGUGAAACGAUAUAUACAAGAUAUUCCACCAUGUAACGGUUUUGAAUCGUUGGGCUGGAAUGUUUCUUCAUCUCAACAAACAUUUUGUGAUUUAACGACUGUAUUUCUUUCAUCAGAUAAUCCAAAUAUGAAACUAAGUCGUCAUAUUAUUUUUCAAUGGCUACACGCCUUUCCGCAUCAUUUAUUCAAGGCAGACUCUGAAGCACGACUUCAUUUAUCUAGAAUUGUACCACGUAGAAUCGAUGAACAACCAAGCAAAUAUAGUGUAUAUCAAGCAAUCAGUGAAGUCAUAUUUUUCUUGGCAACGGAUGGUGAAUUAAGAAAAAAUGAACGAGUUGCUUUUAUUAAUUGUGUCGAAAAACCAUUUAUAUUUUUUCCGAAUUGGUUCAAUUUCUUAUUAUUUGGAUAUUAUUUAAAACGAAAAAUUCUACAAAGUUAUUACACACUACUUCAAGCAUUUGCACGACAUAUUGAUGGACCAGAAUUACGUGCUACAUUUACUGCAGCCGAUAAUCAAAAAUCAAAAUCUGAAGUAUUAAAAUUAAUUACUAUCGUAUUUUAUGUUGCAGGAAGUAUUCAUUUGCGAUUAUUGGGUCAAGGUGAUAGAAUCAUGUCUUAUAGUGAAGUUCGUUAUAUUACCCGAACUAUUGCCAUACAGCCAACAGAAGAUUACAUGUAUGUUGGUAUUGGUUCAGCUUCAAAUAUUGAUAUUGAAUCGUUACUAUUAGGAUCUAUUCAAGUUGCUAAUUUUGAUGGAACUAAUCAAAAAACCUUUGUCACUGGCCUAAGAAACGUUGUCGGUCUAGCAUUUUACCCGAUACCACAUGAUCUAUGUGCUUCAUGUCAAGAACGUGAUGAACUCGCUGACGAUCUUGUACCUGAUUCUUUUUACACAUGUGCCAGAACAUAG